AUGGGCUUUCCAAUCUCCUUACCGCACUAUACGGCGAUGGAAAAUUCUCCGUUGAGACACGUCAAAAUGUGUAUUGUAUCAAGGCACAAGAGUGUCAGGAACCUUUAG